AUGAACAAGCCGCAUAUUCUUCUGAAAACCGCGAGGGGUAUGCACAACUGUGGGGUGACGGGCCGCGGGGGCCUCGUGGAAGAGGUCCUGUCGUGCAGGAAGUACCUGGGGGCGCUGUUAAAUGUACCCCAGGUAGGAGGGGCCGCGGAGGGAAGCACCCCUGCAAUCGGCAUCGUCAGCGGUAACCGCAAAGGGGCGAGACGGCUGCUUCACGUUUUGAAGAAGUACGUUCGGAUCUGCUGCCGAGAGGGGGGCCUGAAAAGGAGGGAGAUGCCCAAACUGGGUGAGGCAGCACGGCGUUUGCUGCAGAUGAGGGGUGGAGAAGCGGUGUUCCCUCACGAGGGGAAGACCCACCAUGAUCAUUUCCCCAGGGAAGAGGCUUCCCUAGGGAAGCCCGACCAAGGGAGAGCUCCACUUGACGGCUGGCGGAAGAGGAGCAGCUGGCAUAACUGGCCCUUCACCGAGGGUGGAUUUCCCCCCCCCAAAAGAUACGAACAGGCAGCGAUCGGUCUGCAGCAAAAGAGAAGGCAGUUCCACCAGAUGGUUCGAGUGUACCUGUCCAAGGCACCUAAGGGGUUCGAAAGUUUCGAGAAGACGGAUCGGAAGAAGGGGGACGGGGUGUCCUCCCCAUCCUCCAAGGGGUCCUCCCCCAACUCUCCUAACUCCCCCAAACCGGAUGAGGAGCGGAACCACAAACGGUUGGACAAUUUCCUUUUCUUCGUCCUCUUCUUGCUGCUGGUGUCCCUCUUCCUGUUUGUGGAUUCGAAUGGGCUGUACAACGAAGUGACGCAAAACGAUUUUUUUAUAAAUUACCUGGCGAAGGGGUACGUGGAGAGGAUCAAGCUGGUGAAUAAGGACUACGUGAAGGCGUACCUCAACGUGCACGGCAUGAGUAAGUACCACCAGAAAUACGUGAGCUUCCGCAUAGGGAACAGCGACGCGUUCGAGCGGAGGGUGGAGAUCAUCCAGAGGGAAAUGAACAUCCAGAGAGACCAACUGAUAGAGGUGCAGUACACAAAUGAAGCGAAUGUCUUACACGAAGUCAAGAGUUACAUCCCCACCAUCCUCUUCUUCCUCCUCUUCGCUUUUAUUUUCCAAAAAAUUACCCUAAAGAAUGUUGCAAAUAGCGGCAUGGACCGCCUAUUCAAAAUGAAUAAGAUGAACCCCAUAAGUAAACAGCACCUCAAAACAGAUGUACGUUUCUCCAACGUUGCUGGGAUGAAGCAAGCCAAAGAGGAAAUAAUGGAAUUUGUGGAUUUUUUAAAAACGCCCUCCAAGUAUGAAGCUUUGGGGGCAAAGAUGCCCAAAGGGGCUCUCCUCUGUGGUGCCCCAGGAACGGGGAAGACACUACUAGCCAAAGCGGUAGCAGGGGAAGCCAACGUUCCCUUUUUUAACAUAAGUGGCAGUGACUUUAUAGAAGUUUUCGUCGGCAUAGGACCCUCCAGGGUUAGGGAACUGUUUGCCCAAGCGAGGAAACAUGCACCCUCAAUUAUAUUCAUUGACGAGAUAGAUGCAGUGGGUAGGAAGAGAUCCAAAGGGGGGUUCGCCGCUGGGGGCAAUGACGAACGGGAAAAUACGCUAAAUCAAAUGCUAGUCGAGAUGGACGGAUUCCACACAUCAAAUGAUAAAGUGGUAGUCCUGGCAGGCACCAACAGGGUCGAUAUCCUAGACCCAGCUAUCACACGACCGGGUAGGUUCGAUAGAAUUGUUAACAUAAGCAAGCCAGAUAUUAACGAACGCUCCGAGAUCUUCCAGGUGCACUUAAAAAAUUUAAAAUUGCACCACUCAUUGGACAUACAAAGUAUUAGCUACCUCUUAGCUUCUCUAACCCCAGGCUUCGUAGGAGCAGACAUCGCUAACGUGGUGAAUGAAGGAGCCAUUCAGUGUGCCCGGAGGUCUAACCUGGUUGGUGUUCAGGUGAAAGACUUUGAACUAGCCAUCGAAAGAGUCAUUGGCGGAUUACCAAAGUCGUCUUCUCUCAUCUCUCCAUUUGAAAAGAAAAUAAUCUCCUACCACGAAACGGGGCAUGCACUCAUCGGCUGGCUACUAGAAUUUGCCGACCCCGUUUUGAAGGUCUCCAUUUUGCCAAGAAGUAAUGGAGCCCUAGGUUACUCUCAACACCUGUCUGAAGAAGUUUUUCUCUUUUCGAGAGAAGCCCUCUUAGAUAAGGUGGCAGUCAUUUUAGGGGGAAGGGCAGCUGAAGAGCUAUUCAUCGGGAAAAUCACAACUGGUGCCAUCGACGAUUUAAAUAAAGUAACGCAACUGUCCUAUUCUUACGUCUCUCAGUAUGGAAUGAAUAAAGAAAUCGGGCUGGUUUCCUUUCAACCGAACUCGUCUAGCGAUUAUAGCUUCUACAGACCGCACUCUGAGUGUCUCGCGCAUCUGAUAGACAACGAAGUGCGCUGCCUCAUCGAGACGCAGUACAACAGAGUGAAAUCCAUUCUGCGUACACACGAGGAACAGGUGCACAAGCUGGCCGACUUGCUCUUCCGGAAGGAGACCAUCUCCUACCAGGACAUCGUGCAGUGCAUCGGCGAGCGCCCCUUCCCGGUCAAGUCCGCCUACGAGAAGUUCGUCAAGGCGAACCCGUACAGGUUGGGCGGUCAGGAAAGCGGCGGGGGGAGCGGCGAGGUAGGCCGCUUAAACGGGGGUAAUGGCGUAGCUGCCAUAGGGGAGGCCGAGAAAGCCACGCAGGGUGCACAUGCCGCUCCGCAGCUGGGCUCACCGCAGCUGGCCGCGCCGAACGAAACGCUCGCGGAGCAGCACCCCGCGGGGAAAAAGGGGCCCCCCGGGGAAGGCUCCGACGACGGGAACAAGGGCAGCAAGCUUUCGCACGUGGGCACCCCGCGCUGA